AUUUUGCUAAAACAUGUCGGCAAACGCCGAUGAAGAGAAGAAACUAUCGAAAAUGGCUGAAGAACGUGAGGACGGGAAGAGCAUCGAAAUGCCGGCAGCAACAACGGGUGGCGGUGCCGCUGCACCUGUCGAUGUUGGCAACAAAACCGAUAGCACGGCUACCGGCGCAGAUAAGAAAUCAUCGACUACGGAGUCGGAAGAUACGAACAAUGAGUCCAAGAAGACCGCGGACAACGAUGGCGUGGAAAAGGUAAAAAGUGCAACCGAUCUGGAGACCGACGACAAAAAGAAGCCCGUUGACACAGUGGCUGAAUCUGGUGAAAAUGGCAGCGAAGUGGAAAAACCAAAGGUGGCUGAGGCAAAGGGGAAAGGACGCAACGGUGCCAAGAAAACGGUCGGUAACGACGACGAUGAAGACGAUGGUGAUGGAAAAGAGAAGGAAGAAGGAGAUGACGAUGGGGAGGAUAAAAGCCACGGCAAAAGUUUGGGCUCGAUUGCACUGAUCGAGGCAAACAUUGGUAAGGCGAAGGCCGACGCGCUGCAGACGCUGCACACGAUCAUUUACGAUGCUCCGGGCAAGCCGAUGCUGCUGAAGAAAAACCUCCGCAAGUUCGAUGGGUUCGAUUUCGCAGUCGAUUCGAGCGAGUACCGAAAGCGGUUGGCUGCAACGGAGAAAAUGGAUGUCAAGAAGCUCGCACUGACUGCCGAAAUUCUGGCACUGGACAAGAAGGGUAGCAAGGAAGAGCUUGCCAAACGGAUUUGUGCGUUUCUGGUGAAACCGGAUGGCGAUGAAGAGCUCCCGGAGGAGGACGAUGAAGAGAUGGGCGAAGAGGAGGGAGAGGACGAAGAUGGGGAAAAUGAGGACGACGACGAGGAAAUGAGUGAAGAGGAAGAGGAGACACCAAAGAAGAAAACCCCCGCCAAGCGCGGAGUAGCGUCUGCUACUCCAGCACGCGGUGGCCGGGGUGAUACGGCGUCUUCAAAGUCCUCCAGUGGACGCCCGAAGCGUUCUACUGCCGGUCGUGGUUACCAAGAUAAUUCCUUAUACGUAGAUUAUUCCACCUCGGAGGAGGAAGAAGAGCAGACGGUGAAGGUGGGCCGCGGACGACGGGCACGCCGUGGAUCAGACAGUGGUUCCGAUUACAAUCCAUCUGCCGGAUCCGAUUCAGAUGCGGGCAAGCGAAAAUCAUCCCGAGCACCGGUUCGCGGUAGUCGCACUUCAGCACGGAACACUCGCAAACGCUAUAGCGACGAUGAAUCUGAAGAAAGCGUCAGUGAAGAUGAUUUCAGUGAGGAUGACCGGCGGAAAAAGAAGGUCACACCGGCUCGCGGGGGUCGUGGACGACCCAGUACCGCUUCUACUGCCGCCGCUGGCCGUCCUUCCCUACGUGGCCGAGGACGCAAGCGAAAAGCAGAGACCGAAAGUGAAGAAGAAGAGUCUGAGGAAGAGGAAGAAGAAGUCGAUAGUGAGGAUAGUGAGAAGCCGAAGCGUAAAUCGGCUGUGGUCGCUGGAAGAGGAGCAAGUAGCCGAGCAGCGGUGGCCAACAGUAAAGGGAAAAAUGCAACACCAGCUAAAGGGCGAGGACGACCAAAACGGGCAGCUGCCGUGAACAGUGCAAAUAAGAGAAAGCGUGGACGUGCCGCAGCCAGCUCGUCGGGUGAAGAGGAUGAGGAAGACGAAGAGGAGGAGGAAGACAACGAGGAAGAGGACGAUGAGCCCGAGCCGGAAGACAAUGAAUCGGAGGACGAGAAACCGUUAGUCAAAAAGGCCAAACAGGAAAAGGAACCAGAAAAGGCGGCUGCACCCCCGAGCGAGGAGGAUAUCAAAGAGUACCUCAAAGAAAUCCUGGAGGAAGCCAAUCUGGAAGAUAUCACAAUGAAGACGGUUUACAAGAAGGUAUACGCCAAGUAUCCAGAGCAUGAUUUAUCACACAAAAAGAAUUUCAUUAAGGCAACAGUCAAAUCUCUAAUAACUACGUAAAGCCUACGGAUGUUUUAUCAGAUUCGAGUAUGUCAUUUAAAUAUCAGUUUCUUUUAAAUAUUGUUACAAAACACAACCGACCAGAAGAAGAUGCGGGCACUACAAUGUGCACGGAUAGUAACCGAUUGAAAAUGCGUUAUGCGUGAAGCACUUAGUUUGCCACAAUCAAAGUAGAAGUAGAGGAACAAUACACAACAGGAGCAAAACAGCGGCCAAUGUGAUACGUGAGCCUUUUUGCAUCGGUAAAUCCACGUAGCAGCAUGUAAAAGGUUGUAUUGGAUGAGACAACUGAAACUGCAAAUGAACACUAUUUGUUUAAAAAGGCGAAAGCAGAAUCAUGUUGUUACACCAGCAGAAGCAACAAGAGCAGAAAUCAACACAAAUACUGUAUAGAGAACGAAAUUUUCCGAGCACAUGCUCGCCAGUUUAGGACACACAGUAGGACGGCGUUCUGGUUGGUCGGCGAAUGUUUUCGCAGGUAGUAUAGAGGGUAAUGGUGAUCGGUUUGUUCAAGCAGCGAAAGGAAAAGCGAUUUUUUGUCAAAUCAAAAGAAAAUCCACUAGUACACACGGUCCCCUCUUCGUAUUUUGCACACCGAUACAUUAUUACUCACAGAAAGGUAAACACACAAGAUGAAUUUAAAACGUGAGGGUAAAACACGAGAAACAAAGUUGUUAGGUAGCCAUUGAGUGAAGGAGCACAGAAGAUUUAUUGCACUCUCGGACGCCGGUAGCCGCCUAACGAUAGGCUCGAAGGAAGGCAAAAUGAGAGAAGCGUAUCGGGAAAGAAAAUGCACAGCAAAUAGAAGAGUUUAUUAAGGCUUUAAUAAUAAUUGCACGAUUCUUAGACAAAGCAAAAAACAUAAACUAAAAGGAAGGUUUGACGACACAAAUUACACCACGUUUCGUCUCCGCCGAUUGUAGGCGUGAGACUCAGUGGUGGAAAUAAAAUGAAAAUAUUAAAGAAUAGCAGACAGGGACAAAGGGUUUUUAGAUAAUGACAAAAUUCUAACAAAAAUUCAAUCUAGAACACGCGCGUUUUAGAACUAAGGAUCGUAUUUUCCUUCAACCCGGCUUCUCUCUCCGGCAUGUAACAUCACUGCAGUGCAAAAGUGGUCAGUGGGAUGAAUUGAUAAAUGUAAUAAAUGUAACGACGUUGAGUACAACGUGAAAGUAUCGUAGGAAUGGAGUGAGUGUGCUUUUUAAAACAUACGUCCCCAGUAUCGUUUUCUAUUUUUCAUUAACCAUCACAUUUGUAAUAUGCAUACUACAAAUACAAUGAACACGAAAUGGUUUCAGAGGGUAGAUGGUAAAGUGUGGUUGAAACGACGGUCGGCAAUUGCAGUUAUUUAAAUUGAAUAACUCUCAGAUAUGUACAACACAAUGAAAUGGCGAUUUUUAGUCGUCUAUUCAACCGGUGUAACAUAAUUUUGAAAAUUAUUGUGUGUUCUAAUGCACCAAUAACUCUUAUUAGUAA